AAGAGAACAAUAUUAAAGGUGAAACUCUUAAGAGAUCUAUAAAUAAUGCUGACAAUGUUUUCGCAGAUCAAGAAGAAUUAGAAGAUGGAUCAAGUUUCGCUUCAGAAGAUGUGCCAUGUUUUGGGUUGGGCUAUAAUGAUGGUUUAAACUAUCAUUUCAACCGGGAAAUUUUAGAAAUUUAUAAUAAUGCAGAACAAUGUGAUCCUAUCAAAAUGGGAGUGAUAAAUCUUGAAGAUCCCCGAAAGAACCAAACAAGACCGUUUAAGUUGAUUUCGGAAAUGUUUAAGAAAGACUUUAGAAGAUGUGCAGACGAUUAUAUAAAUUCAGAGGUGAAGACGAUGUUGAUUGAAAUAAGAAACAUUUCGGAUGUUUCUGCAGCACAAAGCUUUGUAUCUAAAUAUAAAGAAUUGGAAUCAUUCGAAUUUGAUAUGGCUUCAGUAAUUCAAAGUUUCGUUGUUUCGAUCGCCCAUACAUUUAGAAAUUCAGACAACGACUCGAGAACACGGCAUGGCAUGAUUCCUGACAUUAAACUUCUCUUUAUUAAAAGGAACGUAGAAAUUGUAGUAGUCGAACAUGCAAAGAAUACAUCUAGUGAUGGACGAAAGAAGAAUAUAGAUGAUAAACAAAACAUUAUAGUAUUGAUGCAUAAUCAAAUAACAAAGAUACAUAAUCUUUUGAAAGAAGCUAAUAGAGAAGAUGAUAUUAAAGAAAUUGAAGUAUAUGGUAUUGUUACAUCAAAAUUAAAAGUGGAAAUUUAUGUUAUGCAUCUAUCAGCUCCAGAGUUAUACCUCUUUUAUAAGAUAUUUAGUUUUGAACUACCAAAAACAGUUUGUGAUUUCGAUAUACUUAGCAAUGUGCUGAGCUGUUUGAUUCGAUUUCGU